UGCUUUCUUUUAGUCACCGAGCUCCUUACUUACCCUACAAGGCUGAGUUGAGGGCACCUCAAACGUACCUAUUAUAUACCGUAAUCAGACAACCGCGAGGGAAAGAGGUCCUAUCGGGCCUUCUUCGCCAAGUUACCCACGGGAGAACACAGUGGGAUGAGAUAUUAUCAGUUCUCAUAAGCGAAACGAUGGCUGAAGUACAAAAAUUACCCGAUGAAGUAGAGAUUCCUCGAUACCAAUGGGAAAAUCUUAUGAGCAUCAUCAUAAAUCUAAGCAGGCUGCUGAGUCUCUUAUCAAAUGUGCUUGUGAAGACGGGAUAUCGAAGAGCUCGCGACGAAGUGAUGUGGAUAAUGCUGCAAAUUGCUGGGACGUUCCAACCACAUUUACAAAAGGAGCAAGUAGAGGAAAUGGCCAGGUUAUAUAAUCUACUCUUCAGCGACGAUGUCGUUUGGACAGGUGCCUCGGAUCAUCCAUCGCAACUAGUCAGGUUCCUGGCAGCUGCAUGCAUGUGGAAUAUCUUGGAUGGAUCGGAAGGGCUUCCUCCACCAAGUGAAUGCCUUGCUACCCAGAUUGAGUUCGUUCGUUCGAACACUGGCCCUCCAGAUGAAGCUAUGCAGGCUGUAUUGGAUAACGCUUUUCGCCAUGAAUCUCCGAUUUCCCGCAGUGUACAUGCUAUGUUCCAACAACGCCUGGAUGGACAGCCUACUGAUGAACCACAUAUCUUACCAUAUGGACGAGCCGCUAACAAUAAACUGGAUGCCUUUGACAUGCAGUUUCUUGAUGCGCUGACGUUGAGAGCUAAGAUUAAUCUCCUUAUCUCCACAUGUUUCGUUUCUCUGCAUAAGGUCGAUCGACUUCCGAGUCCUGCUUGUGUAGAGACCUGUGCUCGGAUUCUAACGUCCAUUGAAUUUGAUUAUGGCCUCACUAAUUUCAUUGCAAUUCUCAACCGAUCCAUAACUGCUGCAUUGUCACCAGCUCCUUCUGAUGGACUGAAUCAUAAGGAUCAGUGUUAUAUGUUGUUGGAUCUGCUAUGCUACAGGUACAUCGUUUCAUUAAUUUAUUCUCAUUAUCUAUAG